AUGGCGCCACCACCGCUGUCCUCACCCUCCAAGUUCUCCAGCUUCAGCGGAGCCAUUUCAACAGCUGCCUCACCCUUACAAGCCUCGUUCAGCCUCAGCUGUCGUUCUCCGAUACGACCGAGCUACGAUGCCGGUGCCAGGAGAAGUCUCAAUGCUCAGUCCACCGCCAAGAGCCAUGGCUCGCAAUAUCUCGCUCCGCCGAGCUUCAUGUCACCAAUACAGAUCCAGGCUGCUGGGUCAAAGGUGAUAUAUGAGGCCCAGGAUGGAGACUACGACUACAACGAUGACGAGAAGUCGGUCCUACUCGAGGACUCACCAACAGAGGGAACAUGGUUCCUACAGCCGGGGACACCUGGACUAUUAAAUCCAAGACUCCAGCGAGACGAAGGGAAGCUGGGAGUCAUAUCCGCCAUUAAUAUUAUCCUUGGAAAGACCGUUGGAGUAGGUGUGUACUCUGUACCAUCGGCAAUCUUUUCGGGCGUAGGCUCAGUGGGCAUGACGCUGCUGUUGUGGGUAACUGGAAGCCUCAUUUCCUUCUGCGGGCUUGCUGUUUACCUGGAUUUGGGCACCGCUCUUCCGCGCUCUGGUGGCGAGCGCGUCUAUCUGGAGAGGAUCCUGCGACGGCCGCGCAUGCUAGCAACAUGCAUGUUCAUGUCUUACGUGGUGUUGCUUGGAUUCAGCACACCGAACGCCAUUGUGCUUGGCGAGUAUGCUUUAUAUGCCCUCGAUAUCUCACCAAAUAGGUGGAAUGUGCGCCUCAUUGCCGUCUUGGCCGUGUCCGUGCUGUGCUAUAUUCAUGCACGGCACGCUCGACUUGGACUGCACCUAAUUAAUGUACUCGGCGCGGCAAAGAUGGUCAUUCUUGCUGUUGUUGUAAUUUCCGGAGUUGCUGGCGGACUAUCCAGUAUCGGCUCCCAACGACAAGUGCUCGCCGAAAGGAGACUGGAUACUGACCCAUUCAGCUCCAGUACGCCACUCAGCGCUGCGCAGCACAACUUCAAAGACAUUUGGGCAGGGUCAUCCACCCAGCCCUACGACUAUGCCACCGCACUCCUCAAGGUGAUCUACUGCUUCCGCGGGUACAGCACCGCCAACCAGGUCUUGUCUGACGUGAAGAACCCCGUCCGGACACUCCGCGUGGCUGCACCAAUCGCGCUGGCAAUCAUUACUUUCGCUUACCUUGCCAUCAACAUUGCUUUCUUUCUAGUCAUCGAUAAGGACGACUUCGCUUCCGCGGGAGUCGUGGUGGCAGGGAAGUUCUUCACAAACGUAUUCGGAGAAGGGCUAGGCAAGCACGUCCUCCCAUUUUGCGUGGUGAUCACCGCAGCCGGCAACAUCGCUGCCACCAGCUUCGCGCAGGCUCGCGUGAAUGAGGAGCUUGCGCGCGAUGGUCUGCUCCCCGGGGGCCGGUUCUGGACCUCUUCUUCGUCGAAACAGGGUCGUUCGUCAGCGGCGAAGUCACACGCUUGCCACGAGCCGGCAGCAUCCCGGUCCCCCAAGCGCGGACUGCUGCUCCACUGGCUCGUCUCGGUCGCCGUGAUCGUGCUGCCGCCCCCGGGCCGCAUCUACAACUUCCUCGUCGACAUCGGCGGCUACCCCGUCUCAGUCAUCAGCGUCGCCGUCUCCGCGGGCCUGCUCUACCUGCAGCGCACGCCCUCCGAGCGGUGGAGCUCGCCCUGCCGCGCCCCGACUUUCGCCGUCGCCAUCUUCGCCGCGGCGAACUGCCUCCUCGUCGUGCUCCCCUGGAUCCCGCCCUCGAGCGGGCGCGGCGAGGACGGCAAGUUCUCGUGGUACGCGUACCCGGCCACGGCGCUCGCUGUGCUUGGCUCGGGUGCGGUGUAUUGGUGCUGGUGGCGGACAAAGGGGCAUGGAAGCAGGCUUAGCCACCACCAUACCAGGACGAGCAGUGAGAUUCUGUGGAGCUGUGAUGAGGACGAUGUCAGCGCCGAGGCCUCGCAUGGCCUGCUAGCCGAUGAUGAUGAUGAGGAUAGGGAUGCUACAGAGACCGUGGAGAUGCGGAAACGUCCUGCAUGUUGA